ACUUAUGAAAAUUGAAAACAACCUCUAUAGCCCUUUAGCCCUGUUCUGAUACCCAGCACGACAGAACAAACAAGAAAAAUAAAGGGUCAACAACUUUGGCGAAAAUAAGAACCCAAGUGGUUUCAGAGUGACACGCACAAGAGAAGAGAUAAUGGCAACAAAAUCUUUGGGCUUCGCUGUGUCUGUGACUCACCUCUUCGGUUCCAAGUCGCCACCCAAGCUUUGCGUCUUUACUCUCAGAUGCUCUGCUGGCAAUGGAGAAAGGCCUUGGAAAACUUCAGGCGCUAGACUUAUGUUAGAAGAUGGAUCAAUCUGGAAAGCAAAGUCAUUUGGUGCUUCAGGAACCCAAGUUGGAGAAGUUGUUUUUAAUACAUCAUUGACUGGGUAUCAAGAAAUUCUAACAGAUCCUAGUUAUGCUGGUCAGUUUGUACUGAUGACAAAUCCACAUAUUGGUAACACUGGUGUAAAUUUUGAUGAUGAGGAAUCAAGACAGUGCUUCCUUGCCGGUCUAGUAAUUAGAAGUUUGAGUAUCAGUACCUCAAGCUGGAGAUGUGCAGAAACUCUAGGUGAUUACUUAGCAGAAAGGAACAUCAUGGGAAUUUAUGACGUUGACACACGGGCUAUCACGCGCAGAUUACGGCAAAAAGGCAGCCUUAUUGGUGUGUUGAGUACUGACAAUUCUAAAACAGAGGAGGAACUACUUAAGAUGACUCAUUCUUGGGACAUUGUUGGUAUUGAUCUAAUAAGUGGAGUAUCAUGUCAGUCUGUGCAUGAAUGGGUUGAUACAACAAAGCAAGAAUGGGAUUUUAGUUCUAAGGGGCAUGGGGAGACUUUCCAUGUUGUUGCUUAUGAUUUUGGAAUUAAGCAUAAUAUACUUAGGCGCUUGGCAUCCUAUGGCUGUAAAAUCACUGUGGUGCCAUCUACAUGGCCGGCAUCAGAAACCUUGAAGAUGAAGCCAGAUGGGGUGCUUUUUAGCAACGGCCCUGGAGAUCCAUCUGCUGUUCCUUACGCUGUUGAGACAGUAAAGAACAUUCUGGGAAAGGUGCCUGUUUUUGGAAUCUGCAUGGGCCACCAAUUGCUGGGUCAGGCUUUAGGAGGCAAAACCUUUAAGAUGAAAUUUGGUCAUCAUGGAGGAAAUCAUCCUGUUCGUAACCUUCGAACUGGCCAGGUUGAAAUUAGUGCUCAGAACCACAACUAUGCGGUUGACCCUGCCACACUGCCAGAAGGAGUGGAGGUUACUCAUAGGAAUCUUAAUGAUGGAAGCUGUGCUGGCCUUGCAUUCCCUGCUCAAAGAAUAAUGUCUCUUCAAUACCACCCAGAGGCAUCCCCAGGACCCCAUGAUUCUGAUUACGCUUUUAGGGACUUUGUAGAAUUAAUGAUGCAAGAGAAAAACAAGAAAUCCGAACCCCAAAUAUCAACAGUGUCUAGUUUGGAUGCGUAAUGCUUGAAGCUGACACUGGGAGGAAUUGAAAUUAGCUAAAAUUUUAGGGUUAUAGUCAAGUACUGAUCGAUUGUCUCAUCACACAAGAUUUCAAUUCUUCAACUUCUGGGACAAAAGCAGGCAUAGCAUGCCUUCGAAGUGUCCAUGUGCUAUUUUAAAGAUCAAACCCAUUGUUACCGUCCAAUUCUGGGCCUGUUAAAAGCGUUUUUAUCAUGAUGAUACCUGACCUAUGAAGUGAUAGUUUAUUACUUUAAAAACUGCCAAUUACUAUUUAUUUAUGAACCAUUUCAUCUGAUUUAA